AUGGUUUCCUCACCUUCGCCCACCCCACAAUCGUUGGCACCCUCAUCCGGGCCAGACCCCUCCCUACCGACACGGAGUUUACAUCGCGUUCUUUCAGCAGGAUGCCUAGGUAACCGCGUUGAUGGAGAAGCUGUUAUUGAGAGGGACGGUGCGAAGGGAUAUAGGGUUUUUCCGGAAAAUUUGAGCGGUAUCGAGGCAGCGUCUGGUGCCUCACCAUCAAUAAACGACGACAACACACCUACAAUCCACACAUCUCCAUCUGAUUCCCGUCUCCAUUCACUCGUUCUGGGUUCCGAUCGCACUAAAGAUCGCGAACGACUUUCGUCAACUACACCAAGGACCAUAUACUCGUCCGGUAUUUUUUCAUCGACGAGCCAGUACCGUAACAGUGCGCUGACUGUGCACCCGGAUGCCCCUUUUACUAUGGGUCCGCCUCCGCCUACACCUCCACGUCGUGUCCGUCUCCCUUCGCGUCCAAUGUUUCAUUCGCACGAGCCCGGAUCUAGUAGAUAUAACGAGGCGAAGAAGGGCGCCUUCGACGACGAAGAUGACGAAGCCUCACUAUCUUACCCUCGUUCAUCAUUUGUGGGGGGCGGCAUGCGGGGCUCGAGCCCUCCUCCACGAGCAUAUCGCCGUACCUGCGAAAUUCAGUCGGCACCACAACAACCCGACCCCAGCAUUGCAAGCGCUAUCGUAUCGAGCCAAGGGCAAGAGGACAUUGCUAUAUGCAAUUACAGCGCACGUCACAGGACGUCGCCCACCGUAGAUCACCCACACACUUUUCAACAUUUUAUUCCCGGAACUUCUUCCGGUUCUCAACGCUCCUCGAAGAAGAGGCCUCGUAGCUCCCCGUCUGGCCAAGACAAGAAUACUUCCGAACGUGUGCCACCGUUGAGAGGCUGGCAUGACGAAGCAAAACCAACUGAUAAACGGAUUAGUUCCAAGGUUUCCCGUUCUUCGGACAGGUCGAUGCCACCCCCACCUCUCCCAAUGCGCUUUACGAAUCCAUCGCUCGCUUCACCUGCUCCUCCGAUCUCUGAUCGCCCACGUACUCGCGCAAAGCCUCCCCGUUCCUCCUCUUUGUCCAACGGGACUCAAGCUGGCGUAGGCAAAGGUCGGAAUAGUGCUUCGAGCAACCACGCAAAGAAUGACUCUCGCAGUAGUAAGGAAACGACAAAGGAAGACCAAUCUUCCGCGGAAACUGAACUACCGUUAUGUAAAGUUCAUGGGACAUCGUUCCGCAUCGACGAAAACGAUCUAGCAUCCAUGAAGAGCCUGGAGGCCCUUAGGAAGAAGGAGGAAGAGUUUUUCGAGUGGCAUCGUGGACUGGCAGAGCGAAUUCGUGAGUCUAUGAUCCAGGACAGCACACCACCAACCUUCGAUAGCUCCGAAAGGGAUGCGGACAGUUCUACGGGUUACACCUUCGCCACAUUUUCGGCAACCGGGACAUCGGCUUUCUCUGCUGGCAGUAUGGCCUCAAACUCCAACAAUAUUGAUGAAAGCUCUAUGGAGUACCUCAACCCGGAUUACAUCGACGACACUGCGUCUAUGACACAGACCUGGUCUGACGGUACCCUGUUUUACUGA